AUAUCAGCUUGAAGGAAGUGACUGUCGUCGUGGAUGUGGAGGAUUGUCGAGGCCGCCCGCCGCUCAUGCCUAGGGUUCCUACUAGCACCCAUCUCAAAUCUCUCACCCACACGUCGCCCGUUGGCCAUCCCACUGCCUCCAGCCACAUAUUGACCCUCCAUCCGCUCGAGAGUCACUUUAUUAUUUCAUUUGAACCUAGGGCUAUCUCGAUUAGCAUCCCAAGAUUCUCGGGGGAUCCUCAGGAUUUGUCCUCUUAUUUUAGCCGGAUUCGCUGCUGUGCUUGUGUGAGAGGGAACGUGCAAGUCUCGGCCUAGUGAGAUUGAACAGCUUCUCUGGCCGCUGGCUCGCUGUCUUUUGAUUGAGGCUGCUCUCCUUCCAAUCUCUGGGCUUGAGGACACUACUAGACGGCCUUCUUGUGGUGCUACUACUACAACGAUUGCUACACACGCAGCUCAUACACACUUUCACUCGUGAUUGCCCCUUUUUUGGCCUUUUGAGCUGCUCGUUCGUUGGUCUUGAUCGUCUCCCUCCUUUUCUUCAGACUCGGGGUCCCCUGGGAAUUGGCUCAUUUUGGUGACGAGGCUGUUUGGCCAGGCUCUUAAAACAGGUGUCAUAUAUCCUUGGUGCAUGAGGCGUGAGGUCACUCUUGAUCGGAGUUGAACCUGGUUGGCACUUGAUCAAGGUCUGGCCACGCCCCCUGAGAGGUGAUCACUUGAGACAGGGAUUGCUUUUCCGGGUGAGUGUCACCAUGUUGAUCACCGAGUUCCGCGUGACCUUGCCCAUGACGGUGGAGGAAUAUCAGGUGGGGCAGUUGUAUUCCGUGGCUGAGGCCAGUAUGAACGAGACGGGGGGCGGGGAAGGGGUGGAGGUGGAGAAGAACGAGCCCUACGACAACUACCCGCUACUCAAUGGCAAAUUCCUGAAAGGCCAGUACACCCGGAAGAUCUACCAUUUGGCCAGUAAGGUGCCGACCUUGGUCAAAUGGAUCGCUCCCAAAGGUGCGUUAGAGAUCCUGGAGGAGGCUUGGAACGCGUAUCCUUACUGCAAGACGGUGCUCACCAAUCCCGGGUACAUGAAGAAGAACUUCUUCAUCAAAGUCGAGACGUAUCACUUGGCUGACCGUGGCGAGUCUGAAAACGUGCAUCAACUCACCAAGGAGCAAUUGGCGCAGCGAAAGGUGGUCCACAUCGACAUCGCCAACGAUCCCGUGCUGGCCAGUGAUUACAAGAAGAAGGAGGACCCAACCCAGUUCACGUCUAAAGGUGGACGGGGUCCCUUGGGUGGCGAUUGGCGCAAGACAGUUCAGCCCGUGAUGACCGCCUACAAACUGGUCACCAUCGAGUUCAAGUGGCUGGGGCUUCAAAACAAGGUUGAAAAGUACGGCAUGGAAGCAGAGCGACGGCUGUUCACCAAUUUCCAUCGUCAGUUGUUCUGCUCCAUUGAUGAUUGGAUCGAGCUCACUAUGGAGGAUAUUCGGAAAUUGGAGGACCAAACGCAAGCUGACCUUAAACAACAACGGCUAACGGGUGAAGUUCGUGGUACUAAGCCGGUAUGAAUCCGGAUGCUUCAAUCUUGUUCUCAAUCGAAGAAGAAACACCCCCAAGAUUUAUUCGCCUUAGAAGACAUACCAAAAAGUGUUUUCGCAUGACGCUCGUCGAUAGGUCAGUCGGUCAGUCGGUCAGUCGGGCGGGCGGGCCAGGAUGCAAAGUUUCAAAUCCACGAACAUUCCACCGUUUUCUCAACAACACACCCACCACCAUCACCCUCAACAUUAACGACGAAGAAAAUAAUGCAGCUCCCACGGUUAUUUUUUGCUCUCUAUUAUUGGAAUGGACGCCAUAACGAUCCCGAGUGCUGGAACUGAUAUUUAGUCAAGAACUACUAGUUUGAGUCCAAACCAUUCAUAUAUACACACAUUGCAGCUGAACAACAUUAUUAUUAAUUCUCUUAUGAUCCAUAUAACCAUUGCCAUCAUUUUUGUUAAACUAUCGUCACCACUAUAACCCCAUCUUUGCCGUAAAAUCUUGCAAUUCUAGUUUCCUCCCUAUCCCUGCCUCACUCACUUAUCUGCGACCUCUUGAAACAUGUAUCGAGAGAGACCGAAGGGACAAUGUUCAGUCUCUCGCUUUGCCCCCACUUGAUUUAUCACGGCUCUCCACCCCCAGUUCCCAGUUUUAUGUCCCAUGGAGCUUCCACAUUGCCAAACACAUGGGCUGCUCCAGAAAUAUUUGUAUCAAACUUUCCUUCUUGAUCCUUUGGACCGAUUUUAUGAAUGCUGAAGAAACUAGAAACACCGCAACUUCCUUGAUCAAUCUACAAGCAACUACCAAAUGAGCGAGCAUCUAUCUCUAUAAUUUAUAAGAGCGCAUCGUAGAUUGACUAUAGGAGUAAAUACAUUUUGACUCUUCAUGUGA